GGUUCCCUUUCGCCCGUGAAAGUCCACGCGAGCCUGCAUUUGCUCUCACGCCGGGAUGCUUCAGACCAGUUUUAAAAUGAUGUUCAAUUAGGUGGACGAUGUGGAAAUGAUGUGGAGGGGAGUUCUGGUGCGCAAAGGGAGUCUCCAUCCUUCUUCUCCCCAUAGAGUGGAAACUGGAUACACAGCCAGAACUGUAAGGGGUGUUCCCGGCAUAUGGAUCUUGGAAGUUGUGCUUUUCAAACAAUUCUCCACUUUAGCCCUCAGCAAAAGCCCCAUCGAUGGUAUUUUUCUGCGCGACUUCAUAGAUUUGGUUCACUGAGGGCCAUCAGAAGAAGAGCCAUGGCAGUGCCAAAUAUGGUGUUCUCUGAUGUGGAAAGUUUUCUGGACUCGCAUCCCGAGUUGUUCGAGGACUACCUGAACAGAAAGGGGAAUUAUGGCAUGGUGGAGAAAUGGCUCAAGAAUCACCAGGCGAGCAAAAGUCCGGCGACGGCUCCUCCAGCUGAGCCGAGAGAGGAGAAGACGACCAACGCGCGCAAGGACAGCUGGGCGAGCAAAUGUGAUGGACUGCAGCGGAGAGCCUCGCAGAGGGAGCUGCGCAAAACUUUCGCCAGAUCAAAGGCCAUCAAUGUGAACCGGACAUACGACGAACAUGUCAACUCCAGGGCCCAGGAGCCGCUGACGAGCAUGAGGAGGAGAGCUCUGUUGAGGAAGGCGAGCUCUUUGCCCCCGACCACUGCGCACAUCCUGAGCGCACUGCUGGAGUCCAGAGUCAACAUCCCCCAGUACCCUUCCACGGCCGUGGAUUUUAAAUAUUACCUCAAAGAACACAACGAGAGAGAGUUUUUCCUGGAGCUUGUAAAAGACAUUUCUAACGACUUGGAUAUAACGAGUCUCAGCUACAAAAUCCUGGUGUUUGUUUGUAUCAUGGUCGACGCAGACCGGUGCUCCUUGUUUGUAGUGGAGGGGACCGGUAACAAGAAGACACUGGUGUCCAAAUUCUUUGACGUGCACGCGGGGACCACAUUUUUACCCUCAAUAAAUUCAGACGAAGUUCAAGUUCCUUGGGGGAAAGGGAUCAUUGGAUAUGUGGCUGAACACGGGGAGACAGUAAACAUCCCUGACGCUUAUCAGGAUCGUCGCUUCAGCUAUGAAAUUGACAAGCUGACAGGAUACAAGACCAAGUCACUGUUGUGCAUGCCGAUACGCAACAGUGACGGAGAGAUCAUUGGAGUCGCUCAGGCCAUCAACAAGAACUCGAGUGGAGAUCUCUUCACUGAAGAUGACGAGAAGGUGCUACAGAUGUACCUGCCAUUUUGUGGCAUUGCUAUCUCCAACGCUCAGUUGUUUGCUGCCUCAAGGAAGGAGUAUGACAGGAGUCGGGCUCUAUUGGAGGUAGUCAAUGACCUGUUUGAAGAGCAGACUGACCUGGAGAAGAUUGUCAGGAAGAUCAUGCACCGUGCCCAGACGUUGCUAAAGUGCGAGCGCUGCUCUGUUCAAUUGCUGGAGGAUAUUGAGUCCCCGGUGGUGAAGUUUACCAAGUCGUUUGAGCUUCUGUCUCCUAAGUGUAGUGCAGACACUGAAAACAGUUUCAAAGACAGUAUAGAGAAAUCGUCAUACUCAGACUGGCUCAUCAACAACAGUAUUGCAGAGCUGGUUGCAUCCACAGGACUACCAGUGAACAUCAGCGACGCCUAUCAGGACCCUCGCUUUGAUGCUGAGGCAGACCAGUUCUCGGACUUUCACAUCCGCUCUGUGCUUUGUGUCCCUAUAUGGAACAGCAACCACCAAAUCAUUGGUGUUGCUCAAGUGCUGAACAGACUCGAUGGGAAACCAUUUGAUGAUGCAGACCAGCGUCUUUUUGAGGCGUUUGUGAUCUUUUGUGGACUGGGCAUCAACAACACCAUCAUGUAUGACCAGGUGAAGAAGUCUUGGGCCAAGCAAUCCGUCGCUUUGGAUGUCCUGUCUUACCAUGCCACUUGCUCCAAGACUGAAGUUGACAAAUUCAAGGCUGCUAACAUUCCCCUGGUGUACGAGCUGGGCAUCGAUAAGCUCUCCUUUGAUGAUUUUUCUCUGGACGUUGACGCCAUGAUAACAGCCGCUCUAAGAAUGUUUAUGGAGUUGGGAAUGGUGCAGAAGUUCAAGAUCGACUAUGAAAUACUGUGCAGAUGGCUGCUGACUGUCAGGAAAAACUACAGAAUGGUCCUUUACCACAACUGGAGACACGCCUUCAAUGUCUGCCAGUGCAUGUUUGCGAUGCUAACGACAGCGGGCUUCCAGGAGACUCUGACCGACGUGGAGAUCUUAGCGCUCAUUGUAGGUUGUGUGUGCCACGACUUGGACCACAGGGGCACCAACAAUGCUUUCCAGGCAAAGACGGGCUCAGCCCUUGCUCUGCUUUAUGGGACCUCUGCUACCCUGGAGCACCACCACUUCAACCAUGCUGUUAUGAUCCUGCAGAGUGAGGGCCACAAUAUCUUCUCCAACCUGUCGUCCACAGAGUACAGCGACCUCAUGCAGCUGCUCAAACAGUCCAUUCUGGCGACAGACCUCACUCUUUACUUUGAGAACAGAAACAGCUUCUUUGAGCUGGUCAAUAAAGGGGAGUACAACUGGAAUGUAAAGGCCCAUCGAGACAUGUGCAGAUCCAUGAUGAUGACUGCUUGUGAUCUUGGUGCUGUGACUAAACCUUGGGAUAUAUCACGCAAGGUGGCAGAGUUGGUGACCAGCGAGUUCUUUGAGCAGGGUGACAGAGAGAGAUCAGAGCUAAAGCUCACACCCUCAGCCAUCUUUGAUCGAAACAGGAAGGACGAGUUGCCGGGGCUCCAGCUGGAGUGGAUUGAUGGAAUUUGUGCUCCGUUGUAUGAGACUCUGGUACAGUUGAAUCCGAAACUCCAGCCGAUGCUUGACUUGAUCAAAGCGAACAGGUCCAAAUGGGAGGAACUGAACAAGAAGAGACAACGUGGCCAGAGCACGUCUGCACCAACAAGCCCAUGCAGCGUUGAAAGCACAGAAACCAGUGGCUGCACUGUGGCCAAAAGUGGCAGCACACCUUGCUGCAGCAGCAGCAGCAGCAGCAGCAACAGCAGCAGCAACAGCAGCAGCAGCAGCAGCAGCAGCAACAGUAGCAGCAGCAGCAGCAGCAAUGAUGCUGAUGGCACAACAUCUAAACCUGUUAGUUAGCUGGUGCUGCCACCUUCAUGCUGAUCGUUUUCGGCUUAUUUCCUCUUAAAUGCAGCCUGCAACAGAGACAGCUGUGCAGUGCAGUGCAUGCAGAGGUUCUUGGGCUCUGCUCGUCUUCGCUUUAGCUACUAGAGAUGAGCUUUAGACUUGAGUGCGGCGCUAUCAUAGAGGUUUAUAUGCUCCCUUCAGUCUUCGUGGCUGACAGAGCUGUGUUUGGCAAGCUUGUUGGAGCAGCUACAAAUCAGCUGACGACACCAGCUGAUGUCAGAAAGGCAUCUGAAAAACACUGUGUCAACACGUUAAGCAGUGAGCUAAUUCUGGGCAUUGCACACAUUUUCAGCACAACAUGGCAUGGGGGAAUAUUGGAAAAGGAAUAUUUGUCUCUGCUGUGGUUAGUAUUGCUAUUGGUAUUUUCUUCUUGCUCACAUUUUUUCUGGGGUAACAGAGAUAUUUUUUUGUAAAUGUGUACAUAGGCUAUUGAGUUAUUUACAAGUGCUGUUUAAAAAAAAAAAAUAAAAAAUAAAAAAAAAAAAACCAACCCCUGCAAGCUCUGGAUUGUAAUGGCUGCAGAGUCUCUGAAGGAUGAAGGGAUGCGGGAACAGCAGGACCUGUGACAGUGCUUGCAAUGCAAAUUGAGUGCUCCGCUCCCUCCCUUCCUGUGCCUUGUUUUAAGACCCUAAUGAAAAAUGCAUGGCCUCCUCCUCACCUAGAUUCUUUAGAUCGUAUAUUGAACCAUGAUGUAUUUUUUUUGUUGUUGCCAUAAUUAGUAAAAACCAAUGACUGCAGUUUUGCCCACAUUGGCCACAAACCACUGAAGUUAUAGUUAAAUCUAUUUCGCCCAAUUUUAUAAAUGCGGGGUCUCACUUGUACACACACUUGUGCGCAGACAUGUGUGCAGCACAUACACACACACACGCACACAUGUGCACAAACACACACAAUGUGCCUUGAUGAAGUUGUUUUAGUAAUCUCUGCAAGAACAUAGUUUAUCUACCUUGAUUUAACACUUACAUUUCAAAACAUUAGACAGAACUAGUAAAGCGACUAAUUCAACUAUGUUAAAAUGAACGCAUCAAAAUACACAUAUUUGCUUUCUGCUGGACACGGAGACGCUGCAUCUGCAUCAGCAUCAGCAGUUUGGCUGUAGAUCAGUCUUCUGGUCCCUUUUUGUCCCGAAAGUUAGCCUCGGGUUGCCAACUUCCUGAAAAUAAGAAACUCCGUUAUACUGUUAAUAUACUGCACGUUACAUUACACCCACAAACUACAGAAUUCCACUGUCACAUUUAAGUAAAAUAUGCAGUUUCUCUGCUACACAAUAGUAUUUCUAUGUCUGUAACGUGCUAUCAACCAAACAGGAGUUUAAAAAUCGAUAUUAUCAUUUAUUACAUUGUUUGCAAUGUAAUAAAUGACAUCUAUGACAUCUGGCAUCUUUCUCCCUGAGCAGUAUCCUCCUGUCGCCAUUUUACCUAUUUACGAUAGAGAAUUGGAUGCCCCAAUUAAGAGUGCCCAUUUUCUGUUGGAUAGUGAUGAACGACAGAUGGAGAGCAGCGAUUUUCCCCCUCAAAUCACACUCAAUCAUGGUUUUGCAUGAAUUACUGAAUAAGGAAAUAAGGAACAAAUCUUUUCUCUUUGAAAUACGGGACACAUCCUUAUUUUACGGAACGGUUGGCAACCCUAAAUUAGCCUAGCUCAGUCCAGAGGAAACACAGUGAUCCACCUAACAACACCUCUCACAUAAGCUUGUUUUGUUUCUGUAUUCUUUAUAUUUUCAGUAACAAAUUUUAAACAAUGGCGAUCCAUUGUUAGUUUUAGAGGUGCUGAUGAGCAGAUUCUGUUUCUGUUGGAUGGGACCAACUGUUAACAAGCUGUAGCAGUAUUUAAAUGCACAAUAUGAACAUUUUUACAACAUUUACUAGUGGAGUUGGAUGUUUCAGAUGAGUAUCCCUCGCUGUAGUGAGUGUUGGAGAACCUUCAAAGAUGUUUAGUUUGUCCAUUAUGGCUGCAACAUGGUGGUCAAAUAUGGCUCCUUCUUAGGUAUCACUUAAUAUAAAAUUAUCAUUAGCUUCAAUCUUUUCCACAGUAAGCAAAUAUGUGAUUUUCCCAAAAGGUUUCUUUAAAUUUGAUUUUCUUUAUCUUGAAGCUCACAAAUCCAAACAAAUCAAAUCUGCAGAGGACAGAAGACUUGUAGCACACUCUGAAGUGCCCAUGUAGUCACAGGCUGUUAUUUUUCAUUUGUAUUUUUACUGUAAGUAUUCUUGAGUGGGACUUUGCCUUUUGAAUUGUGUUGUACCUUUGUUAAUUGGAGUUUAAAACGUGACUGUGCACACUGUGUGGCAUGGAUCGGUGUGCUCUAAUGUACUUUGGCCGAAGAGCUGAACUGAAGUCGACCAGAAAAAUGAUGAAUUGCAUGUUUUAUGCAGUAUUAAAUUCAACCACUUGCUAAGAAUGUAGCAAAACGUGUGAGCCAAUGAAUACCUCGUAUUUUGAACCUCAUUAGUAAACACAUUGUUUCAUCUGAAAUGCAUGACUUAAAUUCUAUUGCAUCAUGUUCCGUGACUAUGAAUAUUGCUGUUCUAUUUUUCUAUGAGGUCUCCAUGUGGUCGACCUGUCUUGUCUUUUCUUUGCAUUGUAAUGUGCUUCUUCUUGUGUUUCUUCUCUCCUCUUACCAGUUUGGACUCUGGGUUUUGUUUUUUUUGGCGGGAUACACUAAGGAAACCGUAAGGCAUGAAAAGGCAAAUGUGCAAUGUUUCUGUUUAGAGUUUAAAUAAAAAUAUGCUGCUA